UCCCAUUCGAAGAAAUUCUCUUCAUUAAUCGGGCCAGCAAUAAUACCUUCAGUUGGGUUUAAGGUUAACUCUGCAAAUGAUGCAGUUUAUCUGUUACAUUACUGUUCGAAAUCGAGCAGAAAAAAAAAUAAGGGAGAGAUAUGUUUGAUCUAAAAUCUGAUUCUCACGUUUGUAUUCUGCCAUUAAUCGUCUUAGCGCAGAACCAGCCAUUGUUUUGGUCAUGGGGAUCAAUGACGUUAAUUUGUCAGAACGUCGAAAGACGUACAUUAGGUUAACACGUUGAAAAGGGUCAUCGACAUAUUCGCCUUUGGUUUCUCCUCGAAGCUGAAAAAAGAACGAAAUCCGUUUUUUCACGCGAUUCUGCACGACGGUCGACCCAAAGGAUGCCAAUUCACGAUCCAAAUGGCGACAGAAACACAUAAAUAUUUAGCGGAUAUUAUAAAAACCACUCAUGCCACGUUGCGAGAAGAAGCCCGGAAUUACGGUCCCGAGAUUGCGUGGAAACGACACGUAACACGCAAAGAUAUUUUGCAGAAAUAUACCUUUUGUAUGCAUAAAUUGGCAACUACAUAUUGGUCAGAGAAUAACUUGAGUACAGAGGAUACACCUAUUUGCAGAGUAGAUUGGAUAAAGUUUCAAUGUAAAGAAUACUUUUUAAAUGGUGGAAUACAGAAAUACAAUGAGAGGGAAGAAGAUAUUAAAAAGAAGAUGAAUGUAAAAUCUGUAGAAACUGAAGAUGCUAUAAAUUAUGAUACUCAUGAUAGACAUUUUGCAGACUCAACUAAAAAAAUUACAUUGUUAGAUGUAGGAAGUUGUUAUAAUCCUUUUGGAACUUCAAGUAUGUUUGAAGUAACAGCAAUAGACUUGAAUGGUGUGUCAGAAAAUGUUUUAUGUUGUGAUUUUUUGAAUGUUCAUGUAGGAAAGGAGAAAGUCCUUUCAGUUGAUAAACAAGCUCUAUUGCAAUUACCAGAAAGCUCAUACAAUGUGGUAGUAUUUUCUUUGUUUUUGGAAUAUUUACCAUGCCCAAAACAAAGAUACAAUUGUUGUAAAAAAGCAUAUGAACUUUUACAAUCUAAAGGUAUACUUUUUAUUAUAAGUCCUGAUUCAAAGCAUGUUGGUGCAAAUGCAAAGUUUGUAAAAUCUUGGAGAUACAUGUUAAGUAAAUUAGGAUUCAUGAGGAUAAAGUAUGAGAAGUUAAAACACAUACAUUGUAUGAUCUUUAGAAAGUGUACAUUUAAAGAGGUUGCAGUGAGAUGGGCAAAUAUGCAAGUGGUACCCGAAAAUGACCCUCUAUAUCAAGAUGAUGCAGCAUUUUAUAUUCCUCAAGAUUUUCGAAAUUUCCAAGAAGAUACAGAAGAAGAAGAACAAAAAUACAACGAAGAAGAAACAACUUGCAUGUUCAACGAAUUACCGUUCGAAGAGGUAUAA